AUGAAUUGUAAUAUUACAAUUGAAGUACAAUCGACUAAGUUAUCGUUUUCUGAUUGGGAUAUUUUGGAAACAGACUUAGAAACUCAUACUUCAUCACCGAAAUAAGAUGGAUUUAUCAAUCAGAUUCAAAGACACAAAUUUGUUAUCGGAAUCUCGAAGCCAUAAUAAUAAAGAAUUGGACUGUCUUCAGUCAAUUUAAAUAAAAUUACAAUCAAAGGAAUCCUAGGGAUAUCUAAUUCUCAAAUCUGA